GUGAAAUUCGAUGAGAAGGAACAAGAAUCAGAAGCUAAAACCAAGAUUCCAUUUAAGACCAGAAAAUACAAUUUGUAUGUUGAUGGAGAAGACAUGCGAUCUUUAAUUGAUAGAUGGUGUCAAUCAACAAAAUAUGUUGCUGAAAUACAUAAACAGGAUUUGUUAUUUUAUCACAUUAUAGAUAAAAUUGAAUCAUCAGCAACUGCUCCACAAUCUGUUUUUAAAGAUAGGUGGACUGAUUUGAUUAAUGUUAUGGAAGACAUUUUUACACCUAGUAAUAUUGAUCCCAAUGAGAAACAAGAUGUGAAGAUUUAUAUAAAAGAACUUAUGAAAAAAGUGAUAACAUGGGAACAGCUGGAUAACGUUAUCAAGAUUGAAAAGAAUAAAUUACGUACAUCUAAAUAUGAGUGA